AUGGCUGCACCGGUCGAUGAGAGAAUUGCUGCAGACCUCGAUGAGUCUCAUCAAUUCCGUCCCCGGAGACAUGAUGACGACGAGGAGGGUUCCGACCACCUAGGAGAUGAUGAUGCUGAAAGCACCGCCAGUGCUACUGUCGCGGAGCGUAAGAACAAUGAAGGACACUUCGAUGAGGAGAAAGAGCUUCCAUCGCAUGCGUGCUCGUAUUGCGGUAUUCACAAUCCGAGCAGCGUCGUGAAGUGCCUGGCUUGCAGCAAAUGGUUCUGCAGUGCUCGUGGUAACACAUCAUCUUCUCAUAUUGUCAAUCAUCUCGUUCGAGCUCGUCACAAGGAGGUCCAAUUACACCCUGCCUCAUCGCUCGGCGAUACCAUCCUCGAGUGUUACAACUGCGGCACCAAGAAUGUUUUCCUCCUCGGUUUCAUUCCAGCCAAGUCCGACACCGUUGUUGUCCUGUUGUGCCGUCAGCCAUGUGCCGCCAUGCCUUCCUCAAAAGAUAUGAACUGGGAUACUUCUCGGUGGCAGCCUUUGAUCGAAGAUCGCUCGUUUCUUCCCUGGCUUGUGGCUGCUCCAUCCGACCAGGAGCAGCUUCGCGCUCGCCACCUUAGCCCACAGUUAAUUGCUAAAUUGGAAGAGAUGUGGAAGGAAAACUCUCAGGCGACCUUCUCGGAUCUAGAAAAGGCCACAGCCGUGGACGAUGAGCCUGCACCUGUUCUGCUGCGUUACGACGAUGCUUUCCAGUAUCAGAAUAUCUUCGGUCCGCUAGUCAAAAUUGAAGCAGACUACGACCGGAAACUGAAGGAGUCUCAGUCUCAGGAUGGAUUGAUUGUGCGCUGGGACCUCGGUCUUAAUAACAAACACCUAGCCAGUUUUAUAUUGCCCAAACUCGAACUCGGUGAUGUAAAAUUGGCUGUCGGCGAUGAGAUGCGUUUGAAAUAUAGCGGUGAAUUGCGCCCGAAGUGGGAAGGUGUUGGAUAUGUCAUCAAGAUCCCAAACAACCAGUCUGAUGAAGUGACUAUCGAACUGCGGGCGAAGGGUGACCACAAGUCCGUGCCUACCGAAUGCACGCACAACUUCACGGCUGACUAUGUUUGGAAAUCUACCUCCUUUGAUCGCAUGCAGCUCGCUAUGAAGACUUUUGCUGUCGAUGAGAUGAGUGUCUCUGGUUAUAUCUUUCACCGUCUCCUUGGACACGAAGUUGCAGCUGCGCCUAUGAAGACCCAGAUGCCCAAGAAGUUCAGUGUUCCGGGACUUCCUGAGCUCAACAACAGCCAGAUCAAUGCGGUUAAGAGCGUGCUUCAGAGGCCUUUGAGUCUUAUUCAAGGACCGCCCGGAACGGGUAAAACCGUCACCUCGGCUACGAUUAUCUAUCACCUUGCCAAGAUUAACGGUGGUCAAGUCCUGGUUUGUGCGCCCUCGAACGUUGCUGUUGAUCAGUUGUGUGAACGUAUCCACAGAACUGGUCUUAAGACGGUCCGUGUGACUGCGAAGUCGCGAGAGGAUGUUGAAUCUCCUGUCGGUUUCCUUUCUCUGCACGAGCAGGUUCGCAUCAACGACAGCAACAUUGAACUUAUCAAGCUCAACCAAUUAAAGGCUGAGCUUGGCGAAUUAUCCAGCCAGGACGAAAAGCGACUCAAGCAGCUCACGCGUUCCGCAGAACGAGAGAUCCUCAACAAUGCCGAUGUCAUCUGCUGUACCUGUGUCGGUGCUGGUGAUCCACGUCUUUCCAAACUCAAGUUCCGCACUGUAUUGAUUGACGAAUCGACUCAAUCUGCUGAGCCGGAGUGUAUGAUUCCUUUGGUCUUGGGCUGCAAGCAAGUCGUCCUUGUUGGUGAUCAUCAACAGCUGGGCCCUGUCAUCAUGAACAAGAAGGCUGCCAAGGCUGGUCUGAAUCAAUCGCUCUUCGAGCGUCUUGUUAUCUUGGGAUGCUCCCCUAUUCGCUUGAAUGUUCAAUACCGCAUGCACCCAUGUCUUUCCGAGUUCCCUUCGAAUAUGUUCUACGAGGGUUCUUUGCAGAACGGUAUCUCUCCUCUGGACCGUCUCCGCCGUGAUGUCGACUUCCCUUGGCCCAUCCUUGACAACCCUAUGAUGUUCUGGUCAAACCUAGGUAACGAAGAAAUUUCGGCUUCCGGUACUUCCUAUCUCAAUCGCACUGAAGCGACAAACGUCGAGAAGAUUGUCACCCGUUUCUUCAAGGCCGGAGUGCAGCCCCAGGAUAUCGGUAUCAUCACUCCUUACGAAGGUCAGCGUAGUUACAUCGUUAGCUCUAUGCAGGCCACUGGUACUUUCAAGAAAGAGCACUACAAGGAGAUUGAGGUCGCAUCCGUCGAUGCUUUCCAGGGUCGUGAGAAGGAUUUCAUCAUCCUUUCGUGUGUUCGUUCAAAUGACCACCAAGGCAUCGGUUUCUUGAGUGACCCCCGCCGUCUCAACGUCGCGCUCACUCGUGCUAAAUACGGACUGGUGAUUUUGGGUAAUCCCAAGGUCCUGUCGAAGCAUCCUUUGUGGAACUGCCUCUUGCAACACUUCAAGGAGCGACAUUGUCUUGUUGAGGGACCCUUGUCCAACCUGCAGGAAUCCCUCAUCCAAUUCAGCCGCCCGAAGCAGGCAUAUCGUGGACCCCAGCGAUUCCAAAUGGCGUUCAAUCAUGCCUCCAACGUGACCAGUGGAUUGAUGACAGGGAAGAAUGGCCACCGCAACGAAUUUCAUGAUACUGGAUCCGUUGUAGGGUAUAUCCCCGAUGAUGUUUCUUCUGUUCAUUCAUCUGCUCUUGGUGGUGUGAGCAUUCCUUCCGGCUACCCGCCUAUGUUUCAGAACUUUGCCGACUCGUGGCCGGCCCUCCCAGGCGGUCGCCGUGCCAAUGGGAACCGGAUGAAGGGUGCCCCUAGUAUUGCUGGAGAGUCCAUCGCAGCCACCGAGUCUGAUGUCACAGGCAGCAUCAUCGACGGAAAGAGUGCCGAUCAAGGGGGUGUCAGCCUUGCUGGUUUGAGUAUCAACGACAUGACCAAGCAGCCCAGUCUCAGCCAAUCUGACCGUCUGAAGCGUUAUGUGGAGUCUGGAGGACGUGAGCCUUACAAGCCUGGUGUUCCCGACAACGGCAGCAUUUUCGGAGGCAGCUCGACUAGCAUUCGUGUCACCCGGGGUGUUCCAGGGCACAUGCACGACGACGAUGAUACUCGCAGCGUCUCGACUGCUUUUGCCAGCCAGAUUGGGGGAAACUAUGAUUGA